CGUAGAAGAAGAAUAAAGAGGGAGACAGGGAGAAAAAGAGAACUUUACGAUGGUCGUUCUGGUGCACAGCCACCGGCCAUGCCGUUUUCCGCAAUGGCGGCAUAGUUUUACGAUUAAAAAGAAGAGGUUGCGGUGAGAAUACUAUACUUGUAACAAAAGUUAAAAAACCUAAUGGAUAACCAAGUUGGAGGUGUUGAAGUGGGAGAUAUUCCAAUGAUUGAAUCACCGAGUAUUAAUGACUCUUCUGAUAUUCCUGAGUUGGAAGUUUCCGAAUCAACUAGUCUAAGUCCACUCACAUCGUCCUUGGAUCAUAAUCUUACAAUCCAAGAAGAUAAUGUCCUUGCAGAUGUGAAUAUGGGCAUCGCAGAGACAUGGGAUGGACCAAGUACACCGGCAUCCAGUGCUAUUGCAAUACCACUACCACCACCACCAAUCCACGAUUACUUGGAUGUAGGAGCUGAACCAAUCAGUGAUACUGAAGGAGUAGAACACGGACCUUUCCUACCGCCUAAUGGAACUUUUAACAAUCUGUUUGCUGACGCGUCGGACGUUCAGGAAGACGCUGUUGUCGAAAUAUCAACAACAGCUGGUGUUUGUGGUCUUAAAAAUUUAGGAAAUACGUGUUUUAUGGCAGCAGGAUUGCAGUGUCUUGCUGCAACACCGCCAGUAUUACAGUACUUUUUAGAAGUACAGCAGAAUGAUGAGAAAUUACUGCCAGCUGGUUCGUUAAUGGCACAUUUUAGCGCAUUAUUAAUUAAAAUGUGGUCGCGUAAAUACAUGGUAGUGAAGCCAACGGAAUUUAAACAGACACUGGGUGCUUAUCAUUCACAGUUUAAAGAUUAUCGGCAACAUGAUUGUCAGGAAUUUCUCGCUCUCUUGUUGGAUUCACUCCAUGAACAAAUGAAUACAGCCAAGUCUGCUAAAAAUUGUUUGCAACAACAACAUCAACAACAGCAACAAGUACCAGCAACUAUUACCACUGCCAAUUCAAUAAACUCGAAUAAAAAGAUUGAAAAUGUACCAUCGUCACCGCCAAUGACGAGCUCUACUGCUGCUAGUACUGAUGACAUUGCCGUCACUGCCCCUACUAACUCUAAUGCUAAUGCUAAUGCUAAUGAUGAUUAUAUGGAUACUUAUGACAAUUCGCCAUCCUCUGAUUGUCCUAAUAGUCCUAAUGUCACAAUGGCUGGUUCGCCUAAAGAUUUAGAUUCUCCGAUGGGCGAUCUUGAUAGUACAGCAAAUUCGCCACGAGGUUCACCAUUGAAUGAAGAUGAGGAAACAUUAGACUCAGAUGAAGUUCUUGAUACUAAAUCAAGUUUCAUUUAUAACAAAGUAUACGACGCUGAGAUGAACGACACUAACAAUCCAUUAAGACUUGAUUUAUCUCAGCUGUCGAAAAAAACAACUCAUCUUCACGGUAUAUAUGAUAUAUUAAAAGACGCUAAAACAAGUAAUGCUAAUUUUCUAGUAACGCAACAAGAGUGCAAUAAUGAGAUAUGUUACGACUCUCAAAAAUUUCAAAAAGAUAAUUUGCGUAGAACAACGGCAUUAGAUAAUUCAAAUUUGACUGAAAAUCAUGAUUUUGAUAAUAAAACACUUAGUAUCAAACGUAUUAAAGAAGUCAAUGUGCAAAAAAAUAAUUGUAAUAACGACUGUUUGUCAAAUAAUUCCGAUACUGAGUGUGAUAAUAAUGGGUUAGAAAAGUGCAAUGUUAAGCGUAUGAAAUUAGAGGAUAAUGAAAAAAAAAAUCAUAAAAAUAUUGAUGGUGAUAUUGAUAAUAAUAUUAAUAAUGCAAGUGAUAAUAAUCUGUGCUCACGAACAUUUGUUAAUUGUGAGAAUGGUGCUAUUGCUGAACAAGAUGAAAUUGAAGCCGAUAAGCACUGGGCUAAACAUUUGAGAUCCAAUCGUAGUGUAAUUGUUGAUACAUUUCAAGGACAGUUUAAAAGCACGGUUGUAUGCGCAGUAUGUAAACAUGUAUCGGUUACCUAUGAGCCUUUUAUGUAUCUGUCUGUACCGUUACCCCAUGCAAUGGAGAGACAAUUGAACGUAACAUACAUACCUGCUAAUAAUGAUCCGCCGGUUCGAUGUGUUGUAUCAUUUAAUAAACAGUCACGUAUUGGUAAACUCAAGGAAGAAUUAUUAAAGACUUUGGGUAAAGAAGAUGUUGAUACCAGUAAUAUUGCAUUUGCUGAGGUCUUGGAGAAUCAUAUAUCAAAAAUAUUGGAUGAUAAUCUGAUGUUGAGAUGUGUAAAUGAUACAAGUAGAUCAAUUUACGCAUUUGAGUUGACGGAUCCACCAGACGCGUAUACAUCGACGCCUGAAGGAAGUGCGGAUCGAGUUACUGAAACCGAGCCAUGUCAAAAUGGAACUUCCUCUGGAGAGGAAAUUGGUCCUUGUACAAUAUGCCUGGAGGAAUUGGACGGUGAUUUGAAAAGACACAGUGGUGAUAAUUGCACUGUUGUUAUGUGCGAACCUUGUAUAGAGAACUACUUCAAGACCCGUACGGAAUCACGAGUGUGUCCAGUGUGUAAUGUACAAGUGGAGAAAACUUCAUUUACUAAAAUUGAUCAAACGGGACGACCGAGGCCAGCAAUACGAAUACUCAAUGUACCUCUCGUAUUGAGGCAUGACACCAAUGAAGCGCCAAACAAUCGUAAGAGUACUAAGCUCUUUGGGUAUCCGCACUUGGUCCGAUUGCCAUCGAGGGUCAAUGCUGAAAAUUUGUAUGAGAUCGUAAGACGCGUUGUCCCGCAUGAAGGAGAUUACACUGUGCAUUUUGUUGACGGACAGGGCCGUCAUUGUUCUCGUUGUUUGUACAAUGUCCAUUGUACUGGAUGCAGUGUUCCAGAAACAGGGAUGGUCGACCUGAGAACAAGUGAUACUCUAGCGGUACGUUAUACGGAAAAUGUACCGGAUAUUGAACCACCGAUUGAACAUAUCAGUGUUAGAAAACAACGUCCACCGCAUCCGUUGUCUUUGUACGACUGUCUGCAAGCAUUUAGUCAAAGUGAAAUGUUGGAUGAACACAACCCGUGGUUUUGUCCGAAGUGUGAACGAAACCAAUGUGCUACAAAGACAUUAACGGUUCAUCGCUAUCCUAAGUACCUCAUAGUCUAUCUUAAGAGAUUCGUAUUUCAUGAGUGCGUAAGCAUGAAAUUAGAUGAUAAAGUAACUUUUCCUUUAGCUGGGCUGAGCUUGGGCAAAAAUAUGUAUGAUCUAUAUGCUUGUGUCUGUCAUUAUGGAGGAGUUUCUGCUGGGCAUUAUACGGCAUACGCCAAGAACCCUCACACAGACAUAUGGUAUCACUACAAUGAUGAAAUGACGAGUAAACAAAAACCACAGGAAGAAGAUUUUAGCAAUGCAUAUAUAUUAUUCUACAGUCGACGAGAAACGAACUCUAAGCCAUGUAAUUUAUAAAUUAAAUGGAAAAAUUUAAUGGCAACGAAAAGAUAUUUUAAUUAAGUCAAAAAUUUUUCGUAUAAACGGAUGUUUAUUGUAUAAAAAAGAAAAAAAAAAGUAAUUAGGCGUUGGUUCAGGCAAACUAAAAAAAUAUUAGGAUAAUUUUUUCAAUAAUUAUUAUUAAAAUGAUAAUAUUUUCACUGAUUGUUAUGAAGUUUUUUUUUAUUUUUUUUUCUUCAUACAAUACUCAAGUCUCAGUGAUUAGUUAAAUAAAUAAAUAAUUAAAGUAAAGUAAUAAAAAAAAAAUAAAGAUCACAAGAGGCCUGGAUCGGUGUGAUACUUCCUGCGAGUUGUCGCAACAAAAAAACUAAUGGAUCAAAGAUAAUUAAAAAGAUGUUUUUUUAUUGUUUUCCAAUUUAUUUAAAUGUAAAACAAGUUCGCUUAUUAUAAUAAUAAAUAAUUAAUAAUUAAUGAUAAUAAUAUGCAAAAACUUUUAACGGUGUGUGUAUAUGGAAUCGAUUUUAGUUUACAGUUUUAAAUUUAAAUAAAUAAAAAAAAAAAAAAUAACGAGUUGAUUAGUACUGUGCAAAUAAAAUAUAAGAAAUUACAUUGAGAAUGCGUCGAGUUUUUAAUAAAAAUAAAUAAAUAACAAAACAAAUCAAUCUCAUAAGCGUAAUUUUUAAUAAAUAAUAAAGCAAACAAAAAUGACUGUUGAAAACAAUUGUUACGUCUUUUUUUUUAUUUUAUAUAUAUAUAUACUAUCUAAUAGUAGUAAGUAAUGAUAAUAGUACAUAUAUUUUUUUUUUCCAAUCAAAAUUCUUAAAAUAAUUAAAAAAAGAAAGGGAAAUUAAUUGUGGGCUUAUAUUAUUAUUUAUUAAAUUAUUUAUAUUGAAUUUUUAUUACAAGGAAUGUAUCUUAACAAACACACACACGAAUAUACAGUAAUUAUUGUUGUGUCAUUACUUACGAAUUAUAUUUAUUAUGAAUUGUAUGUUUCUGAUUUGAAUAAUUUUCAUUAAAAACCAAAAAAAACUCAACAAACAAAAAGAAGUGAACUCUUAAUAUUUAUUGAAGAUUUAUGGUAAUUUUUUUAUUUAAAAAAUCUUUUCGUGUUUGUUGUUUUGUUUUGUAUGAUACAAAUAGCUAUUUGUCAUAAAUUGUUUUCCUUUUUAUCGAAUUACACGAAAAUAUUUACAUAUAUA